CGUUGGGUUGACUUCAACAUUAAGUGCGAUUUUUCCUUACGCUUAAAUUAAUAAAGCCACCAUGAGCUCUGGAAAGCAUUUUGGCAAAGGCUCUGCCAAGCCCGCUUUGCCCGAUGAUGGAGUCCUCCGCCUCUACUCGAUGCGUUUCUGUCCCUACGCCCAGCGUGUCCAUCUCGUCCUGAAUGCCAAGAAGGUUGACUAUCAUACCGUAUUCAUCAAUCUUACCGAGAAGCCAGAGUGGCUGGUGGAGGUGAGCCCGCUUCUGAAGGUUCCUGCUCUGCAGCUGGUGGCGGAAAAGGAUCAGCCCUCACUCAUCGAGUCCCUGAUCAUUGCCGAGUACUUGGACGAGAAGUAUCCGCAGAAUCCGCUCCUGCCCAAGGAUGCACUGAAGCGUGCCCAAGACAAGAUUUUGCUGGAGCGCUUCAGCGGCAUAACCAAUGCCUUCAUGAAGAUCCUGAUGCAAAAAACGGGACUGGAUGACUUCUGGACGGCCCUGGACAUCUUCGAACAAGAGCUGACUAAGCGGGGCACUAGCUUCUUCGGCGGCGAUAAACCCACCUUCGUGGAUUACAUGAUCUGGCCCUGGCUAGAGCGUCUGGCUGUGAUUGAGUUUGAGCUGAAGGACACAUACAACUUCGACGAGAAGCGAUUCCCUAAGGUGGCCCGUUUGAUUACCCUUCUGAAGGAGGAUGAAGCGGUCAAGGCCUUCUAUGCCACUCCCGAACAGCACCAAGAAUUCUGGCGCACCCGCAAGUCCGGCAAUGCCAAUUACGAUCUGCUGGCUUAGAUCAAAAGCUAAUUUCUAGUCUCAAAUUUUAACUCAAGUUUUAAAUACAAAAAAAGAAAAAAGAACUAUGUAAA